CCCUACCGCGUCUACGAUUUGUUUCUGAAAAGGUCGUCGAUGACUUAGCGAUUAUACAAAAUUACAAAGAAAUUGUAGCUGUUGUUGUGUCAUUUUAAUAUACGUUUUUUAAGUAGUAAACAUAUACAUUAUGGCCGGAGCAAUGUUAUUCGAGAGGUCACGAGUCUCAUCGUCGAACAGAGACGAAGACGUUCGCAUGACUGACAAAAUGAUUAGCACAGGAGAGCUGCCUGAAGAUGACGAGGAAAACAUUAGAGCGAAAGAACAAGGCAUAUUGAAUCUCGGCGAGAAAUACAAGAAAGAAGGUAAAGCCAAGGAACUCGCAGAAUUGAUCAAGGCUACUAGACCAUUUCUCAGUUUGAUAAGUAAGGCGAAGGCAGCAAAAUUAGUGCGGUCACUCGUAGACUUCUUCUUGGAUUUGGAAGCCGGCAUAGGAAUUGAAGUUCAGUUGUGCAAAGAGUGUAUAGAAUGGGCAAAGGAAGAACGCCGUACAUUUCUGCGACAGUCCCUGGAGGCGAGGCUUAUCGCUCUGUAUUUCGACACAGGUAUGUACACAGAAGCUCUAGACUUAGCCACAGCACUUUUGAAAGAGUUAAAGAAGUUAGAUGACAAAAAUUUGUUAGUUGAAGUACUUCUUUUAGAGAGUAAAACUUAUCAUGCUCUUAGUAAUUUACCUAAAGCGCGUGCCUCCUUGACAUCAGCCAGAACAACGGCAAAUGCUAUCUAUUGUCCCCCAAAAAUGCAGGCUGCUCUCGACUUACAAUCUGGAAUACUUCAUGCUGCAGAUGAGAGAGACUUUAAAACUGCUUACUCAUACUUCUAUGAAGCUUUUGAAGGAUAUGAUGGAGCGGACAGUCCUAAGGCUUUAACUGCUCUGAAAUAUAUGUUGUUGUCUAAAAUUAUGCUCAAUCAAGCUGAAGAAGUGGCAACUGUUUGUAGUAGUAAAGCUGCUCUUAAAUAUGCCGGAAAAGAUUUGGAAGCUAUGAGAGCUGUAGCGACUGCAUCUCACAAAAGAUCUCUUGCCGAUUUCCAAACUGCAUUAAAAACUUAUAAACCAGAGCUUGAAGAAGAUGCAGUUGUGCGUGCCCAUCUCGGAGCACUGUAUGACACCAUGCUGGAACAAAACUUAUGUCGCAUUGUGGAGCCUUAUAUGAGAGUUCAAGUCGACCAUGUAGCUAAAUGUAUCCGUUUGCCAGUUGUUCAAGUAGAGAAGAAAUUAUCUCAGAUGAUCCUUGAUAAAAAAUUGAAUGGCAUUUUGGAUCAGGGUGAGGGUGUUCUGAUUGUUUUUGACGAGUCACCUUUGGAGAAGACAUAUGAGACAGUUUUAGAAACAAUCCACCACAUGAGCAAAGUUGUCGAUACACUCUACCAGAAAGCUAAAAAACUCUCAUAGGCCUGUGUAAAUUUGUUGUAGCAUUAAAUAUAAAAUAUAUAUCAAAUAACCUUAAAUUUUCAGUUCAAAUAAUUGUAAAUUAAUGCUAUUUUUAAAUGCUAAAUUUCAUUAACACAAUAAUAUCCUUAUUAAACAAACUGUGAGUUGUUACAGAGAAUAUCCCUAUUCCUUUUUUAUUAAAUCUAAAAAUGUUACUCAGUUAAAAUAUGUAAUACUAAUUUCAUUUUAUCUUUUUUUUUAACUUAAGCUAGUGACAAAUU